GAGGAUUAAAUAUGCCCUUUCUUUUUUUGGAAAGGAAAAAUCAAGACGUUUCUGUCUAAGAAAUUGCCUUUUAUGUAUAUAACUUUCUGAAAUCUGGUAUGACUUUAAAUUUGCUCAGUUAUGUUAGAUUAGUCUGAAUAAUACAAAGGGUAAAAAAAAUGCGCAUUUCAUCAACUUUGAAUUAAAGCAAAUAUCACAAAUUUGCUCACCAUUGCCCGUUUUUCUUUUUUUUACGGAUUCGACAUUCAACAAUCAAUAUCAAAAUUGAAAGAUAUGAAAUCCCCUUUGAACUUGUCCAACCUCUAAGUCUAUAAAUAACUAUUUUAACGUAGGGCAGUUAUGUUUCUUAGUAUAUACGUCCAAAGCGACUAACGGAAAUAUUGACAUCUAACGGAAACUACCAGCGUAAACUUUCAUUUUAAUGUACUGUAGAAAUGUUACGUAAUUACCUCCUUUUUCUCUGAGGGGGCAGUGUAAAAUGAGAAGUAGGUACCAUUGAAUAAAGAGAAAGAGGGAUAAGAUUUUUUUUUACUAUAUAUAAUGGCGAAAAUAUUUUAGAAAUUGCCUCAGAUUCCGUUGUCUCCUUAGCACCUUCAUAAGUGACGAAAGGAAAAUGGGGUGGAAAUUUCCCUCUCUUCAAUUUAAUUUAUACAACCUAUGUCAAAUAUAUAACCGGUGUAUACAAGCGAGCGGUCUACAAUAAAUAUUAAAGAGAAAACGACCCGCAUCGAGGACAGACAUCCUGACCACAAGGCAGUGUUGCACCUGUUUCACCAGAAAGACGCAAACUGCGUCUAAGAAAAUCUACUUACUUAGUUUCCUUUUGUAUAAAGAGGCGACCGUUGGUCAGUCGUAGGUCACCUGGACCGUGUUAUCGAAAAAAAAAAGAGAAGGGGGGCUGCUUUUGUCAACAGAAAAUAUUUGAUUAGCUACAGAUUUUGGCCUAUAUAGUUCUUAUUUUAGUUAUUAUCGUUAUUACUAUUAUUAACGGGGAGGGAAAAUAGAUCUUUAUCGUUUUAUAUUUAUACCCGUCGAUUCUUUCUCCACGCUCACGUGCGUCAACGCCAAUAUUACUCUUUUGAUCAGAAACAUUUCUUUUUUUUUCUUUUUACAAAUAUUUUCGUUCAAGGUUAAUUGAAAAUUUUACAUUUUUUCCUAGGUUACUGGACGUUAUACCAGGUGGACAAACGCCUUUGGAGAUGAGAAUAUGGUUGAUUUUUGAAUUAAUUGAUCAGGACUUAGCCAACUUUCUCCAGAGUUCACCACCUCUCAAAUUUAGGCAAAUACAGGAUAUAACGCAUCAAAUUCUUUCGGGCAUUGAUUUUCUUCAUAGUGAAAGGGUUAUUCAUAGAGAUUUGAAACCUCAGAAUAUAUUAGUUACAAGUAGAGGAGAAAUAAAAAUUGCAGAUUUUGGCCUAUCUCGUAUAUAUUCCAUUGGAAUGAAAUUAACUACAGAAGUAGUAACCCUAUGGUAUAGGGCGCCGGAAGUUCUGCUCAGAUGUCAGUACGCGACUGCCGUCGACAUGUGGAGUUGCGGGACCAUCUUUGCAGAAUUAUAUACAAGAAGGCCCUUGUUUGAAGCUACUUCAGAAAUUCAAUUGUUACAUAAAAUCUUCGAAGUUGUCGGUCUACCUCGGGAGUGUGAAUGGCCAAGGGACAGCACUAUUCCAUGGUCGUCUUGGUCGAAUUUACCUCAACAACCCAUUCGUUCUCUGUCCUGCCUCUUACCCGGUAUUUCGCCUUUGGCCCUAGAUUUUUUACAAAAACUUGUUGCCUUUGACUAUUCCAAAAGAAUGUCUGCCAGAGAAGCAUUACUUCAUCCUUUCUUUGAGCAAGAGGAAAACGCUAAUACGCCUGAAUUUAGACUAAAUAAUCAACAGGAUAAACAAACAACACACUAUUUAGCUAAUAAACAAAUGAAAUCCACCUCAACUGUUCAAUCGACAGCUACAAGCUUUAUUUCUAGGUAA